GCUCUCGCUCACCGGGCGCAUUGGUUCGGUUAUACACAGUGACAGAAGGCGUCGGUCGGUGAGGUGGUUUAGGAAUUUCUUUGCAUGAGUGGAAUAGACUUGGGAAUAGACGUCUGGAUCCGGGUGCCCUUGGAAGAAAUAACGAGGGGAAAGAGCGGGAUAAAGCGAACACGUGCCUUUUUCUCACUUGUGUUGAGGAUAUUUAGAUAUUAGGAUGCCAGUUUUUCAUACCAAGACGAUAGAGAGUAUCCUGGAGCCAGUGGCUCAGCAGAUAUCCCACUUGGUUAUCAUGCACGAAGAGGGCGAAGUUGAUGGGAAAGCGAUCCCAGAUCUCACCAGCCCCGUGGCGGCAGUGCAAGCGGCUGUCAGCAACCUUGUGCGGGUGGGGAAGGAAACAGUGCAGACGACAGAGGAUAAGAUUAUGAAGAGAGAUAUGCCUCCAGCCUUCAUUAAGGUUGAGAAUGCCUGUGCAAAGUUGGUGGAUGCCGCGCGAAUGUUGAGAACAGACCCAUAUUCAGUCCCUGCUCGGGAUUACCUCAUCGACGGGUCCCGGGGGAUCCUCUCAGGCACAUCAGACCUGCUACUGACCUUUGAUGAAGCUGAGGUGCGUAAAAUUAUCCGUGUGUGCAAAGGUAUCCUGGAGUACCUGACGGUAGCAGAGGUUGUGGAAACCAUGGAGGACUUGGUCACUUACACUAAAAACCUGGGGCCAGGCAUGACGAAGAUGGCAAAGAUGAUUGACGAGCGGCAGCAGGAGUUGACACAUCAGGAGCAUCGUGUGAUGCUUGUCACCUCCAUGAACACAGUAAAGGAACUGCUGCCUGUGCUUAUAUCAGCCAUUAAAAUCUUCGUGACAACCAAGUGCACUAAGAGUCACGGCGUGGAGGAGGCCCUGAAGAACAGAAACUACACAUUUGAGAAGAUGAGCGCUGAGAUCAUUGAGAUCAUCAGAGUACUACAACUCACUUCAUGGGAUGAAGAUGCUUGGGCCAAUAAAGACACAGAGGCCAUGAAGAGAGCGCUGGCAGUGAUCGAGUCAAAGAUGGGUCAGGCUAAAGGAUGGUUGAGGGAUCCUAAUGGUCUGCCAGGCGACCCAGGAGAGCAUGCACUACGUCAGAUACUGGACGAAACUGGAAAAGUAGGCGAGCUUUGCGUGGGGAAAGAGAGGAGAGAGAUCCUGGGAACAGCCAAGACCCUUGGCCAAAUGACUGAUCAAGUGUCAGAUGUACGGGCCAGAGGUCAGGGUGCAACCCCCAUGGGAAUGCAGAAAGCUCAACAGGUGGCCCACGGUUUGGAUAUUCUGGUGGGGAAAGUGGAGAAUGCUGCCCGAAAGUUGGAGGCCCUGACCAAUGCCAAGCAGGCCAUCGCCAAGAGAAUUGACACAGCCCAGAGCUGGCUGGCCGACCCCAAUGGAGGUCCUGAGGGAGAGGAGAACAUUCGUGCUCUCUUGGCAGAGGCCAAACGCAUUGCUGACCUUUGUGAAGACCCUAAAGAGAGAGAUGACAUUCUGCGCUCCAUCAGUGAGAUAGCGGGACUCACUGCAAGACUGGUUGAACUUCGUAAAAUGGGUAAAGGAGAUACACCUGAAGCAAGAGCACUGGCCAAACAGAUCGGCACAGCUUUGCAGAACCUGCAGGCGAAAACCAACCGUGCUGUGGCCAACAUGAGACCUGCCAAGGUUGCCGUCACUCUAGAGGGCAAAAUGGAGCAGGCCCUGCGCUGGAUCAACAAUCCUGGUGUAGAUGAUCGUGGAGUAGGUCAGGCUGCAAUACGCGGGCUUAUAGCGGAGGGCCGCAGGCUGGCUAACUCUCUACCGGGACCCUACAGACAGGAGCUGCUAGCAAAGUGUGACCGAGUGGAACAGCUGAUGAUGCAGUUGGCAGACCUGGCCGCGCGGGGAGAGGGAGAGAGUCCCCAGGCCGGUGCUGUGGCCGCUCAGCUUCUGGAAGCGAUUAAAGAUCUGAAGGCAAAGAUGCAGGAGGCAAUGACGCAGGAGGUGUCUGAUGUAUUCAGUGAUACAACCACACCGAUCAAGCUUCUGGCUGUGGCAGCAACAGCGCCUCUCGAAGCCCCCAAUAGAGAUGAGGUCUUUCAAGACAGGGCCUCUAACUUUGAGAAUCAUGCCAGUAGACUGGGUGCUACAGCAGAGAAAGCUGCUGCCGUGGGAACAGCCAAUAAGAGCACAGUUGAAGGCAUCCAGGCAGCCGUGAAAUCAGCCAGAGAUUUAACACCUCAGGUCACUUCUGCUGCACGCAUUUUGCUGAAGAACCCUGGCAAUCAGGCGGCAUACGAGCACUUUGAGACCAUGAAGAAUCAAUGGAUUGAUAACAUUGAAAAAAUGACUGGUCUUGUGGAUGAAGCCAUCGACACAAAGUCUCUUUUGGAUGCUUCAGAGGAGGCCAUUAAAAAAGACAUCGAUAAAUGUCGGGUUGCCAUGGCUAAUGUUCAACCCCAGAUGUUGGUUGCCGGAGCGACCAGCAUUGCCCGGCGUGCUAACAGGAUCCUUCUGGUGGCCAAGCGAGAAGUGGAGAACUCUGAGGACCCUAAAUUCAGGGAAAUGGUCAAAGUUGCUUCAGAUGAGCUUGGUAGAACAAUCUCACCCAUGGUUAUGGCUGCUAAAGCUGUAGCGGGAAACAUCCAGGAUCCAGGUCUGCAAAAGAGCUUCCUGGACUCUGGCUACAGGAUCCUGGCUGCCGUUGGGAAAGUGAGGGAAGCCUUUCAGCCUCAGGAGCUUGACUUUCCACCUCCACCUCCAGACCUUGAUCAGCUGCAUGUCCAUGAUGAUCAGGCUCCGCCCAAACCUCCCCUUCCUGAGGGAGAGGUUCCUCCCCCGAGACCUCCACCUCCUGAAGAGAAGGACGAAGAGUUCCCCGAUCAGAAAGCUGGUGAGAUGGUGAGCGAGCCGAUGAUGGUGGCUGCCAGGCAACUGCACGACGAGGCCCGAAAAUGGUCCAGCAAGCCUGAGGCGACAGACGGUUUUGAGGCCGCUGAGGCGGAUGUAGAUAUAGACGAUGAUGAUGAGUUCACAGACAACGAGGAUGACUUUGAGCCCGAGCUGCUUUUAAUGGCUUCCAAUCAGCCAGUUAACCAGCCCAUUCUGGCCGCUGCGCAGGCUUUGCACCAGGAGGCCCGCAAGUGGUCCAGUAAGGGUAAUGACAUCAUUGCAGCAGCCAAACGCAUGGCCCUGCUCAUGGCAGAGAUGUCUCGCCUGGUGCGUGGAGGAAGCGACAAACGUGCCCUUAUUCAGUGUGCCAAAGACAUCGCUAAGGCUUCAGAUGAGGUCACACGGCUGGCAAAGGAGGUGGCCAAACAAUGCACAGACAAACGGAUUCGCACCAACCUUUUACAGGUUUGUGAACGUAUCCCAACUAUCAGCACGCAGCUGAAGAUCCUGUCUACAGUUAAAGCCACUAUGCUGGGACGAACAAACAUCAGCGAGGAAGAGUCCGAGCAGGCCACCGAGAUGCUUGUGCACAAUGCUCAGAACCUCAUGCAGUCCGUGAAGGAAACAGUGAGGGAAGCAGAAGCCGCCUCCAUCAAGAUCCGCACAGAUGCAGGGUUCACUCUUCGCUGGGUCAGAAAGACACCCUGGUACCAGUAAACUGAGGAUUGUUCUUACACACAGAGAAGAAAAAUGAAAGGACCCCCACCUUAAACUAUUGGACAUCAGUGUUCAGUUGUAGUUUAGGGAUGACUGGUAGGACUUAUUUUUAUUUACUUACUAGUAAGGGUACUCGAUACACUUAUUACUUUAUCCUUAUGAAAGCUAUUUUUGUCCUUAAAGUUUGCUAUAGUUAUGUGUAGUACACACAGGAAGCAGAUUUUUAAAUAUAUAUUUUUGGUAUCUUGGGUUUCCAAAUUCCAGGUAUAUAUAUAUUUUUUGCAUGAAGACGUUUUCUAUUUUGUAUUGGAGAAAUAUGGCAUGGUGACUUACUGUAAAUGCCUUUCUCUGACAGUGUUACAGUUCAUGAUAAAAUUUACUUCAUUUAGUUUUUGACAAUUCAAUUUUCUUAUUAAAAAUGUAUAUAUUUAUAUUUCUUAAUGAUGUCAUCAGAUCAUUAUCACAGAUCAUUAUACAUUACGUUUUAUGCUUUUGUUUUUUUAGUCUAAUUCACUUUAACUAACUGUUUUCAACUCUUAUUUAUUUGCUCGGCUUUGCUUACGUAUUUAUUAAAUGGGAUAAUCGAUUUGUUUUGGAUGGGUCAUGCAAUUACAGAGAUUUAACUUGCAUGGCAUGAUUGAUGCCAAAGAUUUUUACAUAUACAGUAUGUGAACUUAUAUUUCUUUCGCUAUUAUAUACUGUAUAUAAAAAACUAUAUUGUGCUGUAAAUGUGUAGAGACAUGAAUGGUUGAACUAAUGGCCAUCCUUUACACUUUAUUCACGUGUGAAUGUUUCUGUUAAACUUGAGAGAAUGAAUGCAGCUUGUUUUUACACUACAUUUUACACUUUCAUUUCCGAAAAAGCACAAUUCACACAACAGUUGAACUGUUUUCUCUGGUUUUGGCCACAGUGAACACCUUAAUUUACAGAUAAAACAAAAUGUAGCUGUAAUUUUGAGGCUGUCAGUGUGAAUCUAUUUGUUAGUAUUUCACUUGUUGUAUAUUGAUAAAGGAGCUGUCUUAAAAUAUCUUCUAUUGGGUAAAACGACUAACUAAUACACAAGACCCAGGUGGCUUGUUUAUAUGUGAAACCACUGUGUUUGAAGAUAUCUAAAGGCUGUACAGAUUUGAACGUGUUGAAUUUGAGUAGCACAAUGCUUAUCACCUUUAGCUGAACUCUUAAUUCUCUGUACAUGAGACAGUUUAUCAAAAGAUGCUUCACUGCCUUGCAUUCACCUAAACUCUUUCUGUAGUAUAUAUACAUUUGAAAGAGUACCUUAUUCAGCCCCAAUAGUGCCUCGUUGUGAAAGUUUACAGGGCUGCAUUUUUGUGUGUAAUAGCAUGUUUUUAUUUAUGUUGACAUGUUGAAAAUCAAAUAAUGUUUUGUGAAUGUAUAUAUGACACUACUGUUGACUUUUGUUUUUAGUGUCACAUACAAAAAACAUCUUAUGUGCCUCAGAAUAAUAAAACAUUCAUGUGAGGUGUUUCAUUUGAAUACGUCCCUCACCAAAUGUGUCAAUAAAGCUAAUGUCACGAGAUGCA